GCCACACUACCCUUCCUCAGAGACAACAACAUGCACUGUAAAGAUCAAAUCAGUAAUAUCUCUUCACAGCCACAAAGACUAUCAGAAGACAGUGGAUUGGCUAAUUUCCCAAACACAGCAUAGACCUAAAGUGGCCAUAAUCUGUGGAUCUGGACUAAGCAUGCUAGCUGAUUCUCUCCAGUGCCAGGACUGCUUCAAAUACUCUGAUAUUCCUGGCUUUCCCCAAAGCACAGUGCAGGGACAUGUUGGGAAGCUGGUGUUUGGCGAACUCAAAGGGAAGACAUGUGUUUGUAUGCAGGGACGAUUCCACAUGUAUGAGGGACACUCACUGUGUAAGGUCACUUUCCCAGUGAGGGUGUUCAAGCUAUUGGGUGUGGAAACCCUGAUUGUCACGAAUGCUGCAGGGUCCAUAGCAGAAAGUUAUCACUGUGGUGACAUCAUGAUUAUUAAAGAUCACGUCAACUUCCCUGGACUUGCUGGUUUAAACCCACUCAGUGGCCCUAAUGAUGACAAGUUUGGACCUCGUUUCCCACCUAUGUCUGGAGUUUAUGAUAAAGAUUUGCGAAAGCUGGCAUUUGACAUCUGUAAGAGGAUGGGCGUCACCCAAUUUGUCCAUGAGGGGGUGUAUGGUAUGGUGGGUGGGCCUAACUUUGAGAGCAUAGCAGAAGCCAUGCUUCUGCACAAACUGGGAGUGGAUGCUGUGGGCAUGAGCACAGCCCCUGAAGUCCUUGUGGCCAGCCAUUGUGGCUUGCGUGUGUUUGGCCUCUCCCUUAUAACCAACAAAGUUGUGAAAAGCUAUGAAAACUCAGAGACCACCAAUCAUGAAGCCGUUCUGGAAAUGAGCAAAAUACGAUCAGAAAUGAUACAGAAGCUCAUAACUGAAAUCAUUAUUCAUAUGGACAUUAAUAACAAUGAAGCAUGACCAUAGAUCCAAGUAUUUUCAUCGAAUCCAUAGCCAAAUCUAGCUAACAGGGGUUUCUUUAUUGUUUAUUUUUAAUAACAUUUAUCUGUCCUCCUCCUCCUCCUCCUCCUCCUCCUCCUCCUCCUCAUCAUUAGGUGGCCAGCCACUAUGAUUGAACACCUUGUUUUGAAUUUCUAAAAAUAUUGUACUAAAAGAUGUUUAACUCACUCACCAUACUACAUUUGAGGGUGCUAUAAUAUUGAAAUAACACUGCUUGUUACAUUUUUUUAAAUGUUUUUGAUAGAAUGUUGGUGUGCUAUAAUUGGCCUUUCUGAGGAAUUAUUCUUUUUCUAAGAAUAACUCUGGUUCAAAUAGAUAAUUUUAUAAAUAUGCAAUUUUCUUGGCUUAGGUUUGGAUAAAUCUAAUCUUAGCUUCACUUAGCUACAGAUUAAACAAGGCUCUUCCACAAACCUUCCAAGUUACCUGACGAAACCAGGCUUUUUUCAACAAGCCUGGGUAAAUUCCAUCGAGUUUAGUUCCACAAGGGAAGCCAUUCUUAAAACUGUUUAGUUACAUGUUUCAUCAUAUUUUCUGACUGCUGAACUGACAUUUGUCCAGAAGACAAUCAUUGAUACUUUUCACAAGGAGGGUAAGCCACAAACAUUCAUUGGCAAAGAAGAGGCUUGUCAAGCAAAAUUGAUUCAAGAAUUUGGGUGAACUUCACAAAGACUGAGGCUGGGGUCAAGGCAUCAAGAGCUACCACACACACAUGUGUCAAGAAAUUUGGCUACACUCAUAUUCUUCUCAUUAAGCCACUCCUGAACCACAGAAAACUUCAGGCAUCUUAGCUGGGCUAAGGAGAAGUAGAACUGGACUGUUGCAAAGUGGUCCAAAGUCCUCUUUUUAGAUGAAAGCAAGUUUUGUAUUUCAUUUGGAAACCAGCAGAAGGGUGGAGAAGCUCAUAGCCCAAGUUGCUUGAAGUCCAGUGUUAAGUUUCCAUAGUCUGUGAUGAUUUGGGGUGCAAUGUAGGCUGGUGUUGGUCCACUUUGUUUUUUGAAACCAAAGUCACUGCAUCUAUUUACCAAGAAAUAUAAAGAUGCUGAUUUCAGUCUCCAGCAGGAUUUGAUACCUGCCCACACUGCCAAAAGCACCAAAAGUUUGUUAAAUGACCAGUUGUUGGUGUGCUUGACUGGCCAGCAAACUCACCAGACCUGAACCCCACAGAGAAUCUAUUUUCCAAAGAGGAAAAUGAGAAACAAGAGACCAAAAAAUUCAGUAGAUCUGAAGUCCACUGUCAAAGAAACCUGGGCUUCCAUACCACCUCAGCAGUGCCACAGACAGAUCACCUCCAUGUCAUGCUGAAUUGAGGCAGUAAUUAAAGAAAAAGUAUUGAGUACAUAUACCAGGGGUGUCCAACCAGUCAGAGACCAAGAGCCACAUUUUUUACUGUGUUACCACAAAGAGCCACAUCAUACACAUGCGCACACUUGAACACACUUUUCCCCUGCCAUUUUGAGAGUGAACUUAUAAUUUGAGUAAACACAAAUUGUUUACUCAAAUUAUCUUGCUCCUACUGGGAAACGUUGAGGUAUUUUCAUCCCACUCGCAUGCACGUUUGACGAAAAUACUGUAUUGAACUGAAGCGAAGCGAACACAUACAAGCAUAUUAAAAAGACACAAAUACAAACUUCGAUAUGAACGUAAGAGCCAAUUGAA